UCCUACCGCCAUCCAACACCGGAAAUGGGACGCGUUAUUAGAGCUCAAAGAAAGAGUGGUGGAAUUUUCCAAGCCCACACCCGCCUCCGCAAGGGCGCUGCUCAGUUCCGUACUUUGGACUACGCUGAGCGUCACGGCUACGUCCGCGGUGUUGUCCAAAAGAUCAUUCACGACCCUGGCCGUGGUGCUCCUUUGGCUAAGGUUGCUUUCCGUAACCCUUACCGUUACAAGACCGACGUCGAGACCUUCGUCGCUAACGAGGGUAUGUACACCGGCCAAUUCGUCUACGCUGGUAAGAAGGCUGCUUUGACCGUCGGUAACGUUUUGCCCAUUGGUGAGAUGCCCGAGGGUACCAUCGCCUCCAACGUUGAGGAGAAGACUGGUGACCGUGGUUCCCUUGGUCGCUCCUCCGGUAACUAUGUCAUCAUUGUCGGCCACGACGUUGACACUGGCAAGACCCGUGUCAAGUUGCCCUCUGGUGCUAAGAAGGUUAUCCCCUCCGCUGCCCGUGGUAUGGUCGGUAUCGUUGCCGGUGGUGGACGUAUUGACAAGCCUUUGCUUAAGGCCGGUCGUGCUUUCCACAAGUACCGUGUCAAGCGUAACAGCUGGCCUCGUACUCGUGGUGUUGCUAUGAACCCCGUCGACCAUCCUCAUGGUGGUGGUAACCAUCAACACAUUGGUAAGUCCUCUACUGUUCCCCGUGGAUCUGCCCCCGGUCAAAAGGUUGGUCUUAUUGCCGCCCGCCGUACCGGUCUGCUCCGCGGUGCUGCUGCCGUCGAGAACUAGACGACAUUUCCAUAGGAAUACUAUCUUUGGGCCAGCUUGGAAUAAUUGUGGGGAAGCGGGUUGGAGGGGGUCUGCGUAGUCUGUUCAUUUGGCCUUGGUGUGUGGUGAUGUAGUCUUCAUGCUCAGUUA